AUGAAAACCAAACUUGCGGUUAUUCCAGGUGGCCUGACUUGUCAGCUUCAGCCCCUUGAUGUUUCCAUUAAUAAGGCUUUUAAGGUGGCACUACGAGAAGAAUGGAACCACUACAUGAUGAUGACAACAGGAGACAAUCUUACCAAAACUGGUAGACUGAAGAAGCCAUCAAUUGGAGAAGUUUCUGGAAAAUGUGGAAUCUAUAAUUCUCUUGAUGGUUCAGAAGAUCAUUUGAUAUAUGAAGAUGGCGAUGAAGAUGAUACAGAUGAGGAAGAACUGUUAGCUAAAUUCGAUGUCAGUGAUAUUGAAGAAGAUGAGGAAUGUGAGGGGGUUGUCACUAUACCUGAUGCACCAGAAAGUGAUGAUGAGUGUAUGAGCGAUUAUUAUGAGUCUUGA